GCGCGCGGCCCGCGGGGCUUCCGGGUGUGACGCGCCUGCGCGUGGCCCCCUGCGCCCCUUGGCAUUCAUGGGCACGGGGAGGGUGGCCGUGUGGUGGUCCGCGGGCCGAGCGUGGUCUGCAGGGAGGCUCGUGGUGUGGAGCACCCGGCACCCGGCGCGCAGCCUUAGGCACCUGCCGGCUCCGCUGUGCCGUCUCGCAGCCACCAGUGCACCUGCCGAGGCACCGGGUGGCAGGAGCAGAAUGGAGCCCUCUGCCAGCAGGCGCACUACCCCAGCUGCGCGGGGUACAGUUACACGCCCAAACGAGGGCGUUGUCCUAUCCCCGCAGCGACUGGAGACUGGGACCACGCCUCUUCUGAGGUCUCCAAGGCCUAGGCGCCCAUGACACCCAUGCUGACUGCCUCUUGGAGGCUGCACCGCCACUACAAGCUAGCGCCACCGCCGCUGCCGCUGGGGCCAAUGCCUGUCAUGCCCAUCCCACGACGGGUGCGCUCCUUCCACGGCCCGCACACCACCUGCCUGCACGCAGCCUGCGGGCCAGUGAGGGCCUCGCACCUGGCGCGCACCAAGUACAACAACUUCGACGUGUACGUCAAGACGCGCUGGCUUUACGGCUUCAUCCGCUUCCUGCUCUACUUCAGCUGCAGCCUCUUCACCGCGGCGCUCUGGGGCGCGCUGGCCGCGCUCUUCUGCCUGCAGUACCUGGGUGUGCGCGUGCUGYUGCGCUUCCAGCGCAAGCUGUCGGUGCUGCUGCUGCUCCUGGGCCGCCGGCGGGUGGACUUCCGCCUCAUGAACGAGCUGCUCAUCUACGGCAUCCACGUGACCAUGCUGCUGGUCGGGGGCCUGGGCUGGUGCUUUAUGGUCUUUGUGGACAUGUGAGGGCAUGGCCUCCGCCUGACUUGAUGGGGUGGGCUGGUCAGGGCAUUGUGCACUGGCGUCCUAUAGGCGACCACUGUAGAACAUGCUCCCCUUUGGGGGAGAAAAGGGCUGAGACUAUUCUGUGAUAGGAACCACUGCCCCUCUGGCUGGCCUCUGUGCCCUCUGCCGGCUGGGCUUCCGGCUCUGUGGUGGUCUGCUCACCUCCUUCCAGGUUGUUCUGUGGGGUGGCUUCUGUCUGUUCUACAUUUUGAGAUUCUCUGUGACACACACCCCACAGUUAGGCCCUACCAGUGGUUUGGGAGACCCUGGACAUGGGUGUACUGCCCAGGAGCAGAUCUGGACAGGGUACCCCCUGGCUGCUCGGCCCUCUUCCUGCACACCUUCAGCCCAUCCUGGCCUUGGUCAGUGUUGGCCUCCACUGGCAGAUACUGCACUGUCUCACAGCUGCCCACUCCCUCCCUCCUGCCUGUCACCCUGAGGGSCUGUGUGGGUCCCCUUGGAUGGCUCAGAUGCAGUCUGGCUGAAGUGCAGACAGCCUUGGCUGGUCCCUGGCGCAGGGGCAUCCCAGAGUGUGUGGGAGCCAGGUAGAGCUCCCUCUACCUCCACCUGGCCAGGCCUGCUGAGAAUGUCCCCUGUACUGCAUGCUGCUUCGAGCAUGGGGUGUCUGGGAGCAGGCUUUUGGCCUGUCUUCCUGUGAGACAGCACCCAGCACUGAGACCUGCCUUUCUGGAGCAGGUUCUGGGGGUGGGCCAGGCCCACCACAGAGAUCCUCCCCCAGCACUGUCCCCACCCUGCUGUAGCUGUUGAAGCAUCCAGGUGUGAGAGCGUGACUGAGGGACAGGCAGGGUGUCCUCGGAGCAGGGAGCACCUGGGCCCCUGAUCUAGCUUCCUGUGUUGAAGGGGCUCUGGUCAGUUAACCGAGGUGUAGGACACUAGCCUGACCCUGAGGAUGGCUACUUGGUCAAUACUUGCUUCACCUCAAGUUGUCCCCACUUCCUGGGUUGGGUGGUGGCCCCUUUAAACUUGCCCUGCCAGACAGACCAGUGGCCGGGGAUCUGUGAGGACAGUUGUGUGCCACUGAAGAGCAACUUAGGGAAGCAGAAGCUCCUGGCCACAGAUGGUGCUGUAGUUUGUAGCCAGCCUCCGUCCGCUGCUCUUCCAGAGGGAGGCUCCAGAGGGCGCCUGUGAGCCGGAGGGCGGGCGCAGAGCUUCCCGAACCCGCUUUUCUCCUGCUGCAGAGAAUCUAUUGCACUAGGUCAUGCGCUUUCCUCAAGCCGCUUUGUUUACUCUCACUGACUCCUGUCACAGAAUGGGCAGAGCCCCUCCAGGGCAUAGGAGGAGGAGGUGGGUGCUCCAGAGCCCAGGAGGGGCUGGCUGUGCUGCCUUGAAUGUAAACACCAUGCCAGGGGCGACAGGACCGCUGCGUGCUGCACCCCGCUGCCCAGUGUCCCGAGUGCCUGUCGAUUCUUAAUGAGAUGAGCCACCUGCA